AUGUUAACAAGAGUAACAUCUUCAUUUAUACGAUCUACAUUAUAUUCGUAUUCAAUACGAAGUCUCUCAAAAACAUCAACAAGUCAGAAAAAAAUCUACGAAGAUUUUCAUGAAGCUGUACAAGAUAUUCCACAUGGUGCUAAAUUACUUGUUGGAGGAUUUGGAUUAUGUGGUAUUCCAGAAAAUUUAAUCAAAGCAUUACUUAAAACUGGUCAAAAAGAUUUAAUAGUUGUUUCAAAUAAUUGUGGUGUUGAUGAUUUUGGUCUUGGUUUACUUUUAAAAACAAAACAAAUUAAGCGUAUGAUUUCGUCAUAUGUUGGUGAAAAUGCAGAAUUUGAACGACAAUACUUAAAUGGAGAACUUGAAGUAGAAUUAACCCCACAGGGAACAUUAGCAGAAAAGAUUCGCGCUGGUGGUGCCGGAAUUCCAGCAUUCUUCACUCCAACUGGUUUUGGUACAUUGAUUCAACAAGGUGGUGCACCAAUUAAAUAUGAUAAGACUUCAAGAAAACCAAUUAUUGAAAGUCCAUUAAAAGAAAUUCGUAUUUAUAAUGAUCGACAAUAUGUAUUAGAAGAUGCUAUUGUUGGUGAUUUUGCUCUUGUUAAAGCAUGGAAAGCCGAUCGUCUUGGAAAUCUUAUAUUUCAAAAAUCUGCACGAAAUUUUAAUUCUACAAUGUGUAAAGCAGCUAAAUGUACGAUUGUUGAAGUUGAAGAAAUUGUUGAAGUUGGUGAUUUAAAACCAGAUGAAAUUCAUAUUCCAAAUAUAUUUGUACAUCGAAUUAUCAAAGGAAAUCAAUAUGAAAAACGUAUUGAGCGUCGAACUGUACGUAAACGAGAUUCAUUAUCAGCUGGAGGACAACCAGGUGGUUCGAAAAAGAAAAAAGAUGAUGCUGCAAGAGAACGUAUUAUCCGACGAGCUGCUCUAGAAUUUACUGAUGGAAUGUAUGCUAAUUUAGGAAUAGGUAUUCCUAUGUUGGCUUCAAAUUUUAUUCCAAAUGGUUUAACAGUACAUUUACAAAGUGAAAAUGGUAUUUUAGGUUUAGGUCCAUUUCCAUAUGAAGGAGAAGAAGAUCCAGAUUUAAUCAAUGCUGGUAAAGAAACCGUCACUGUACUCCCUGGAGCUUCAUUCUUUUCAAGUGAUGAUUCAUUUGCUAUGAUUCGCGGUGGUCAUAUUGAUUUAACAAUGCUCGGCGCAAUGCAAGUUUCUCAAUAUGGUGAUUUAGCUAAUUGGAUGAUACCAGGAAAAUUAAUCAAAGGAAUGGGUGGCGCAAUGGAUUUAGUUGGUAGUGGUCGAACAAAAGUUGUUGUUACAAUGGAGCAUAAUGCAAAAGAUGGUUCAUCAAAAAUCCUUCCAGAAUGUACAUUACCAUUAACAGGCAAAUCUGUUGUUGAUUUAAUUAUAACAGAAAAAUGUGUUUUUGAAGUAAAUCCAGAAAAAGGAUUAAUUUUAACUGAAAUUGCUGAUGGAUAUACAAAAGAUGAUAUUAUUAAAUUUACUGGUUGUCCAAUUAUUAUUUCUGAUACUGUCAAGCCAAUGCAACAAGUUCAAAACAAAUAG